GUGCAAUCAAUUGAAUUGGCGUUGUCACACAAGGUACACGAAGCUUGGAAUGGCAAACAGCUGUCCGUUGAUGCGCCUGCCGCUGUGUCUGUCGCAGAUCUCGUCUGUGCUAUCAGAUGAACGGCCUCAUGCUCGCCCCCUACCCCCUCCCGCAGCGCUACACCAUACCCAAGGAUGUCUGCGGUAUCUGCCGCUGCUCCCUCGCCCUCACCAGCGACUUGGCAAGACUCAAAUGCGGCCAUCUUCACUGCUGGCAGGUGGGCGAGACCGCUCGGGGAAGGGCUGUCUGCCUGGCUGAUGAAUACACGUGUGUCUGUCUUGUCGCUGUGUUGUUCUCGGAAGUGCGUCAAGGGGCUCCCGGGCUGUGCCGAUGCCGACAGUUCCGCUGACAAGGGGAUGGAGGACUACGGGCCGCUCUCAUGCCCGACAUGCCACAAGGUGACGCUCAUAUGAAUGAACGCAUGAACACACCUGCCCGUCAAUGGUUGCCUGUCUGUCUGUCUGUCUGCCUUUUGUUGUCAGGGGUCGGAGCUCGUCGAGCGCAUCCGCAAGCCCUCGGCCUCCUUGGUGCCCGACGUGUGUGGCGGGCCCUUCCGUGAUGUGACCGUCACGGAGGCCGAAGGCACAGUCGCCGUGUGGAAGGCCAGCUACUACCUCCCCUUCUGUGUCAACCAAGAGGUGGUUGUCGGCUGGGGCGAUCUCAACUUCGUCAACUGGAAGCUCGAGACGGCCCACAUCGUGGCGAAGCUCACCCGCGACACGCUGGCUGUGACCUGCAAGCGCCUCGCCGCCAGCCACAAGACGGCUGACGCCAUUUUCGAGGCUUUGCGGUGGGAUGCAGAGGCGGAGGCCUUCCGUGCUGGGCUGCGUGUCAAGGACGCCCUGGCGUCGGCGUGCCAAGACCAGAUCAGGCGACUCGCGGGCAGAAAGCACAAGAAGAGGUAAGUCGUUCAGUCUGUCUGUCGCGGAGCUAGUGUGUGUGUCACUAUCUAUGGGUGUGUGUCAGGUCUGGUGCGUCGUUUGGCGAGGGGAGUUGUGUGUGGGUGUGUGGUGUGGUGGGCCGGCCGGAGUAUAACGGCCUUGAGGGCAAGGUGACCGCCAUUCUGCCGCCCAACACACCGGACAACAAGAGUGACGUCACGCGGUGAGAGGGUGCACGCCUGACAGAAGACACACAUGGCAGGAAGGGAUGGCAGAACUAUGCACUCAUGUCUGUUGUAUGUGUGUUUAGGUAUCAUGUGUGUCUGUCAUUGUGCGGCCAGUUGGUGUCUUUGCGUGCCGACAAUCUUCGCGGCUCUGACACCCCUAUGACGGACGCGAAGCUGAUGGCCCACUGCUUCCGCACAAUGAGCCUCGGCAAGAAGUGAACGGGUGGGUGACCCUAUCGACCGACUUCUAACGAGUUGGACUGGGGUGCUCUCCUGUGCGGCGUGUCGAAUCAUUCAAGAGCACUGAAUCAGGGGUGGGGGGUAUGACAUGCAGGGAAGUGGUUUUUCUGUGUUCCCUGAAUCUCGAAUGUGUCCAAUAACCUUCAUUCACAUGCCUAGUAGGACCAAUUGCUGUCUGUGUCGUUUUUGCCAUGCCCUGCUGCCGUGCCGUCGGGGUGCUUUAUUCACAUGGUGCUGCUGACAUGACAAGUGCUCAUGCGUCAUGCCACUUGCUCCGACUGACGUGCGUCAUGUGUACUGUGCAUACCUUGGAAGGGACCUAUAUAUAAUUCCGCCAGGUACACAUGUGAUGUGCGAGAAGUGAGAGAGGGACUCAAUCUUGGGGCUUUGUCUGUCUGUGCCAUGGAUGAAGGCAAUUGGAUUGAAAAUGUCAUUAACAUUGUCG